CGUUCAAACUUCAAUGUAUAUCUAAAUUAAAUGCAAAUUGCAAAUGUAAUUAUUUAUAUUUAGUUUGCCUGUUGCCACUUGCCAACAUACAAAGUUAUUUAUUCGGAAAAAAUAUAUAAAAAAUCGUGUUUUAAUAAAACUUAUAAAACAUGAUUCAUAGUUUAUUCAUAAUAAACCCAUCUGGAGAUGUUUUUCUUGAAAAACACUGGAGAAGCGUUAUACCUCGAUCUGUUUGUGAUUAUUAUCUGGAAGCGCAGAGAGCCUCACCAAAUGAUGUCCCACCAGUUUUAGCAGCUCCUCACCAUUAUUUAAUAUCUAUUCAAAGAGGUGGGGUAGCACUUGUAGCUGUAAGUAAGCAAGAGGUUGCACCGCUUUUUGUUAUUGAAUUCUUACACAGGGUAGUUGAUACAUUCCAGGAUUAUUUUUCAGAUUGUACAGAGACUAUUAUAAAAGAGAAUUAUGUUGUUGUGUAUGAGUUGUUGGAUGAAAUGUUAGACAAUGGAUUCCCACUAGCAACUGAGAGUAAUAUAUUAAAAGAACUCAUUAAACCACCAAACAUACUCAGAACAAUUGCUAACACUGUUACUGGUAAAUCAAAUGUAUCUUCCAUAUUGCCAUCUGGUCAGCUCUCAAAUGUACCAUGGCGUAGAUCUGGUGUCAAGUACGCUAAUAAUGAAGCAUAUUUUGAUGUUGUGGAGGAAGUUGAUGCUAUUAUUGAUAAAAGUGGAGCUACUGUUUCUGCUGAAAUACAAGGAUAUGUUGAUUGUUGUAUCAAGUUGAGCGGAAUGCCAGAUCUAACUUUAACAUUUGUGAAUCCAAGACUAUUUGAUGAUGUAUCAUUCCAUCCUUGUGUUAGAUUUAAGAGAUGGGAGUCUGAAAGAAUCCUUUCUUUCAUACCACCGGACGGUAACUUUCGAUUAAUGUCAUAUCACGUAGGCUCACAAAGUGUGGUAGCUAUACCAAUAUAUGUGAGACACAAUCUUGUACUAAAAUCCAAUGGGGAUCAGGGCAGACUUGACCUGACGGUUGGACCGAAACAAACAAUGGGACGGACGUUAGAAAAUGUAUCGCUUGAAAUCUGUAUGCCGAAAUGUGUGUUGAAUUGUUCCCUGACCGCCAAUCAAGGAAAGUAUUCCUAUGAUCCCGUCAGUAAAAUUUUGAUAUGGGAAAUUGGACGUGUGGAACUGCCAAAAUUGCCUAAUAUUAGGGGAUCGGUAUCGGUUGCUUCUGGAGCAGACACAUCAGGUGCAAAUCCAAGUAUCAAUGUACAUUUGACGAUACCGGCGUUAGCAGUGAGCGGCUUGCGUGUGAGUCGUCUAGAUAUGUAUGGAGCUAAAUAUAAGCCAUUUAAGGGUGUAAAGUAUGUCACUAAAGCGGGAAAAUUCCAUAUACGUAUGUGAUGUAAAUAGUUCUCUUAGAUUUAUAAGCCUAACAUUAUAUUCAAAUUUAAGUAUAUUAAAGUAAUUCAAAUUGUAAACCAGCCGUACUAAAAAUGUUUUGUAUUUUUUAAAUGACAGACUGCAUAAGAGUGUUUAUCAAGAUUCUAGAUUAAAAUUAGUCGAGUCUCAAAAGUGGUGAAAGUCUUUACCUUUACAAUAUAAAAAACCGUUCUGUAUAGUACCUAUAUUAAAUAACGUAGUAAAUUAAUGCAAUAAUUAUUAUUUUUUUACUUGAACACUUGACUGAAUUUUUGUUGAAUUUUCGUCAAAAUUGAGACAUUGCUUUUAUACUUUUCUGCUGCCAUUUCAAUAUUAUAAUAAGAUCUGAUUAGCUAAAAAUAAUAAUUUUUACAUAAUUUAAAAAGGUACAUCUACAUUAAUACCUACUAAACAUUUUCUGAUAAGUAAACAGUAUUGGGGUUAAUAAAUCUAUUUCAAAUGUCCAAUCGGAAAUCAUGAUUGAUCAAUGAUUAAAAAAUAUGCAAAUUAACAAUCUCUUCAUUAGUGAAGAUAACGUCACGCCUAGGAAGAAAUACGAAACAGUGUCACGACUUUGUUUUUUUUUAACUUUAUUUACUCCCUAUAUUAUAUAUACAUUUAAAAACUCAUUAAUACCCUUUCGUACAAAUAAUUCGUGUAGUAAACUUUAGAAAUUUCCAACCAAUUCGUCCGCCAACCUCCGCCAAUUUCGUUUCGCUUUACUAUGAUUUUUUUACUUAACCUUCUUUUUAAGUAGCUUCAUACCAAUAUAUGAAACAUAGAGGCUGUUCGCUUUUUUUUAAAUUUAUAUAUUUUUCACUCCAUACUUCCAAAAGCCUUCCUUGGAGUUCAAGGAAGAAAUAAAUAAAAUUGGUCCAGCCGUCUUCGAGUUUUGAGCUUAGCAACAUAUUUUGCAAUUCAUUUUUAUUUUUUUAUAUAUUUGCACGAUACGAAAACUUGACACAAUUAAGGUUAAGUUUGUGGCACAGAUUUUAAUAUAUGUAUUUGUUUUUUUCGCGCUAAAGCUAAUCUUUUUAUGUUACUUAAUUGAAUAGGCAUAAAGGCUUUUUAAAGUUUAAUAAUAAUAAUAUUAGUGUAGAAUACAGGGUCUUCCAUUUUUUGGGCCCGUGCAAUUUGUUUAUUAUUUUAUUCAAUUAAUGUGUAAAUGUUAUUAUAAAACUAAUUAUAGUGAAUUUUAGAAGACUACUUAAUAAGGAUGGUCAUUCUAAUGCAUUUAAAAAUAUAUACAUAUAUACACUUUGUAUAAAGUGGUGGCGAAAGAAUUUUUUAUGUUGGAAUGAAAGUUAAGACGUCGUUUCUCGUUAAAAUGAGAGUGUUUGUCGCAGUAAAAUAUGUUCAUUUAAUAUAUAGUCUUUAUUUGAAGUGGAAAGAAGUAAUGACCAUCGUUCUUUAUCCUUGUUUUAUUAUAUUAGUCAUAAAUAUAAAUUACCGUUAGCUAUAUAGAAAAUACCCUUUUAUUGAUUUAAGUUGAUUGUAUAAACAUUAAGGCUAUAUAUCUGGUUAAGGUUUCUUAUGUUGAAUAUAAUUUUUUUCGUAUAA